AUGGGUGCUUCCGUACUCGAGGCGUCAGGCUUCGGCGCAAACUCUCAGGAUAAUGGAUGCACGACAAGCCCUCCCGGCUUGGGGGUCGAGCUCGGUGGGAGCUUCGGUGAUGGCGACGCUCUACAGAAAAAUGACGUCGCGAGCGGCAUCCUGAGGACUCAUGCUCGUGAGGAGGGAGUAGAGGUUGAUCUUCUACUUGCUGUAGGCCUUGGACGGCCGCAAAAAGUACAGAAGGGAAAAGAGAAGAAAACGGAACAGCCAAUUACCCGAUCCUCCCGUGCCGGACUUAAGUUUCCUGUCGGCAGGAUACAUAAAAUGCUAAAAGGUGGCGCAGCUGAAAAUUGCCGCGUUGCAGCCACGGCAGCUGUAUACAUGGCUGCCGUUCUUGAGUACCUCACAGCAGAGGUUUUGGAGCUCUCCGGCGGGGUGAGCAAAGACCAGAAGGUGGGACGCAUCACCCCUCGUCAUUUACAACUAGGGAUCCGAGGGGACGAGGAGCUCGACACCCUCGUCAAGGGCACCAUUGCUAGUGGAGGCGUCAUCCCUCACAUCCAUCUGGCCCUGAUAAAGAAGUCAUCUAAGAAAUGAGGACAUAAACGAUGACUUGUUCCAUUGGAUUAUGCGAACUAUGAGCUAUAUUUUGGCACUUCAUGGAGACUUGUUCUCUCUCUCAUUCUGUUUGAACUUUGAACCAUGAAGUAGUACUUGUUAGGACAUGCUUUGAUGAUUAUGAUCUUUCUGACCUAUUUUACAUGAAUGUUUAUGGCAUGCAGUUAAUGUAUGAUCUGAGCUUCAGUAGUAUUUGUUC